GGCAGCAGCUCGACUUGUAUUACUCAUCACACUAAUUUCACUUUGCUUCGCAACUCAGGCGCCGGGAGGGCCCUUCGGACGGGAGAAAAUGCUAACCUCGACUUAUGAAAACUACGGUCUCGAACCAAGACUCAGCACUUGGAGAAAAGUCUCGACAACCUCGACUUUAUGCCUCGAGUCUCGAAAAACUUAUGUGAAAACUGGGCAUACCCACUUACAUACCCACUUACAAAAAUUGGCACCGCCUACUCUACUUACCAAUUUAACAACGACAAACUUAUACCAAUGGUCACGCCCACUUCUUUUGGAUAUAAAAGCUCAGCUCAGUAUGCCAUCCAUACAUCACUUCAACUUGGAAAAACUAUUAAUGAAUAUGGUGCAACUUCUCACCAUUGAUCAAAUAACUCCAAACCAAUUGGACCGUUGGCUUGACUAU